AUGAAUGAAAAAAUUUUUGCAACCAAAAAUAACAUCAAUUAUUAUUUUUCACAAUCAUGGUUUUUGGUUCAAUCAUGCGUAAAUGAAAAAUAUACAGAAAGAUUACGUAAAUCAGUACAAGAAAUUCAAAUGGACAAUGGACAUAUAACUGAUGCUUAUCAUUAUGAAAUAGUAGCUGAACCAUUUGAAACAAUAAUCGAUCCAAUGAAAUUAGAUUGGAAUCAAAGUAGUAAACUUCGAAAUGGAAAAAUUUAUCAAGCAUACAAAUGA